GCCGCACUUGGCCUCGUCAGGGCGUCACUGCCCCCAAAGAUGGCCUCCGAAUUGGGUUCUGUAGCCAUUUUGGCUCGAGCCAUUUUCGCUCAAGCAGUGCUGGCAGGCGAUUCGGAAGAGAGGAUUUUGCGAAUGGCUUACGGCCGGUGCCGCCGAUCCCGAAGGCGGGACCUCCCCCAGGACCCCCGCUGCGCCGCCGCCGACGACGACGACGACGCCAGCAUCUUCCACACGCCGAAGGGUCGGCAUAUUUCUAUUUACGUCGAGGCGUCAGAAACGUGUCCUCGAGAUGUGCCCUCGCGCUGCGACGGUUGCGACCGUACUUGCCGCAAUCGGAUCAGAAGCCGCACCUGAUCAGCCUCAGUUCUCUGCCUUCACUUGGAAAAACGACGCGCCGAAUGACAUCCCUUUCAAGCGCAGUUCCCUUUUCACAGAGGUCGAGUUCACUGGCCGCUAUGCCACAUACGGCGGUGCCGAUACGUGGUAUCCGUCGUGGGGCGCCGACGGCAAUCUGUACACCCCGUGGACGGACGGUGCAGUAAACGGAGUUCGUGCCUUCAGCGGCUGUGCCUCUGAGGGCUGCAUGUCGAAAACCGGUUUCGCCACCGUUACCGGCGAUCACGCCCUCAAUCUGACAGUGCAGGACGUCGGCACAUUCGACUCAUCGCCUUCACCUUACCAUGGUCGGUAUCCUUGUGGCUCUCUUUACUACAACAGUACGUGGUUUUAUGGGACGUAUACACUGGACAACGAAAAUCAUCAGCCAGGAUCCUUGUCACGGGAGCCCAUCGAAACACAAUUACGAUUUGGGCGUGCUGGGUAUUGCGAUAAUUGGUGCAUACAAGGCCCCUUCGCAGGUUUCCGUUGGAGUCGCGACAAGGGCAACACUUGGCACGAGCCUCGGGUACACAUGAAGGGGUGGGACGACAAUAUCUUUGGAGAGCAGGCACCUGAUAACCACACCUCAAAGGUCAAGUACGGGGCACCGCAUGUCGUUGACUUGGGUCGAGAGCUCGAGCAUGCACCGCAGGGCGAUGAUACGCCUAUGAUGUAUGUAGUUGGUCAUGGUACUCACGAGUCCGAGUCUCCGUCCUCAUGGAUGCAAGGUUCCGAUGUCUACAUCGCACGUGUUGCACCUACCGUGGAGGCCGUGGAGGACAGGGCACAGUGGGAGUUCUAUGCGGGAGACGGCAAGUGGGUCGCUGGUGAUGUACAACAGGCGAGACCGUUGCUAUCGUGGGGGAACCGCACCGGUGUCACGACCAUGACCUACAUACCUGCCGUCAAGCGCUACAUUAUGUGCAUAUCCACACCGACCUUUAGUCCGUUCACGGAGGAGGAGUUCGACACUUAUUUCUUGGAGAGCGAGGGCAUAACGGGGCCAUUCUCGUAUAUCACAUACAUGCGUAUGUUUGGGCCAGAAAGCUAUUUUGUGAACAUCCCGAGCAAGUUCGUAUCGCCGUCCGUCGAUCCUGAAGAUGGGUCAUUAUCCCUUUUCUUGAGUUACUCUGCAAACUUCGCCUUCCACAGUGGUGCAAAUCCCCCUGGGAGCGGGUACCAUUGGACAUUGCAGGAAAUAAAGUUCCGCCCGGGGCAUAACGCUACGCAGCGCCAAGUAUUUGUCUGAUGUGCCAUAGUGUCCCAUGCUCAGUCGCUGCCGCUGUGCAUCGAGUUUCACGCAGGGGUCGUGUUUGUUCUUUUCUGAGCCACGGUGGUGAUCGUAGCGACGCUUGAGCAAUCGGGCUGCCGCCUUGCCAGACCUCGGAAUCGCCAAUGACCUGCCCGUGCUCGGCGCUCCGCAGGCCCCAGGAUGGCCCUCGGGAGGACCCGAGACAGGCCUCCGGGGGCCCCGCCGGAGCCCCCACGUGCCCCGCCCGGUGGAGUCCCACGGGGCCCCCAGGAGCAUCACAACACCUUCAGCGUCGGCGGCUAGGCAGGGCACGUCUGCACUGGCGAUGAGAACCAAAAA